AUGGGAGUGUCCCAGUGGACAGUGUCUGCCAUUCCUACAGCUGAAUGUGAGGACAUCCAGGCAGACGUGUGCCUCGACAUCCUACCUUACACUCGGACGUCCUCACCGAACGUGUUUGGACCGUUUGUACAAGAAGACCUAACACCUUACAUCAAUGCUCAGCCGGACAUCUUCAGUCUCUCCUGCCAUCCGCAGUGGGGAACCUUCUUGUGCUCUGUGUACUUCCCUGAGUGCAGCGCUAGAAAUCGGAUUCCGCUGUGUCGGGAGUUUUGCGAGGAGGUGAAGUCUGCUUGUGAGGCCACGUUGGUGGAACUGGGUUACGGACAGUGGCCUGAACCGUUGCUGUGUCGACUUUAUCCACCUGAGUCUGACAACAUUACAUGCUUCCAAGGUGUGCUAGAUGACAAGUCCAGUCAUGACUGUGUGACGUACCAGUGCCCUAGUGGUGGACAGUGCCUGUCCUAUCUACAUGUCUGUGAUGGGAACGGCAGCUGCAGUGCACGGGAGGAUGAAGAUGACUGUGCCGCCUGUGAGGACAUCACAUCAGACCUGUGCCUCGACAGUCUACCUUACACACAGACCUCCUCACCAAAUGUCUUCGGAGACUUUGUACAAGAGGACCUGGUUCACUACAUUCAGACACAGUCAGAAAUCUUUAGUCUGUCCUGCCACCCCCAGUGGAGCAAGUUCCUGUGUUCUGUGCUCCUCCCCCCGUGUGAGGAGGGCCGACGGUCAGUGCUGUGUGAGGAGUUUUGUGAGGAAGUGCGAGAAGCUUGUGAGGAGGAACUCGUCAGUCUGGGAGGGUGGCCACCCCAGCUGAGGUGUAGCCUGUACCCAAACUCAACACAGAAUCCACAAUGUUUUGCAGGACCAGAGAGAGAAGAAGCCACCGACUGUCUUGCAUACAAGUGCCCGUCUGGUCCAGAGUGCAUUUCCUACCUCAGCAUCUGCAAUGGGACAGCUGACUGCUCAGGUGCUGAGGAUGAGGCCAGCUGUGAUGCAUGUAGUCCUAUACAAGCAGAUUUCUGCUUGGCCAAUCUGCCGUAUGUCCAGUCGUCAUCUCCUAAUGCGUUUGGCCCCUUCACACAAGACAAGUUGGCUGCUUACAUCACCACACAGUCUGAAGUGUUCAGUCUGUCCUGCCACCCCCAGUGGAGCACGUUCCUGUGUUCUGUGUUCUACCCUGAGUGUGAGGAGGGUGUGAGGAGGGUGCUGUGUAGGGAGUUCUGUGAGGAGGUUCAGAAUGCGUGUCAGGAUGAGCUUGCCGAGCUUGGAGGAUGGCCGCCUCACCUGUCGUGUAGUCUGUUCCCAUACUCAUCUCAAGAAGGCUCAUGUUUUAACGGGAUGACAGAAGAGGAAAGCUGUCCAGGCUACUGGUGUACAACUACAGGACAGUGUGUGUCCUACCUCCAUCUCUGUGAUGGGAGGGAGGAUUGUACAGAACAGGAGGAUGAGACCAGUUGUGCUGAAUGUGAAGACAUCCAAGCAGACGUGUGCCUCAACAUCCUACCUUACACUCGAACAUCCUCACCGAAUGUGUUUGGUCCGUUUGUACAAGAACACCUAACACCCUACAUCAACUCACAGCCGGAUAUCUUCAGCCUGUCCUGCCAUCCACAGUGGGGAACGUUCCUGUGCUUUGUGUUCUUCCCUGAGUGUGAGAACUCCAGGAGGACUGGGCUGUGCCGGGAGUUUUGCGAGGACGUUCAGAGGUCCUGUCAGUUGGACCUGACUGAUUGGGGUGGAUGGCCACCACAACUCAACUGUAGUCUGUUUCAGCACCAGUAUGAGGAUCCGGCAUGCUUCAGUGCUGCCUGUGAGGACAUCACAUCAGACCUGUGCCUCAACAGUCUACCCUACACUCAGACCUCCUCACCAAAUGUCUUUGGUGCCUUUGUACAAGCAGACCUGACUCACUACAUCCAGACACAGGCAGGAAUCUUCAGUCUGUCCUGCCACCCUGCCUGGAGCACCUUCCUGUGUUCUGUGCUCCUUCCCCCGUGUGAGGAGGGCAGACGGUGGGUGCUGUGUGAGGAGUUCUGUGAGGAGGUGCGAGGUGCUUGUGAGGACGAACUCCUCAGUCUGGGAGGGUGGCCUCCCCAGCUGAGGUGUAGCCUGUACCCUAACUCCACACAGAACCCACAAUGUUUUGCAGUUGUCAGGAGUCCAACUCCCCAACCACCAACACCUUCAGUUGGUCCAUGGUGUCAGAUUCAGGCCAUACAGAUCAUUGGUGGCAGCAACAACCAGAACAGCCCCUUUGCAGUGUACAGGAGAGACACCCUUCUGUUUUCUACUAAACUGCAGUUCAGCUGCAGCACUUCAGCUUAUGUGAACUAUAACUGGACAUUUUACCAUUCUGUUGAUUCUGACACAUGGGAGGUCUUGGAGAUGCUAAGCAUUGACACUCUCCAAUCAACUAUCAACAUUCCACGAAACUCACUGUCGUAUGGAACCGUUGAGCUGCGUUUGCAUGUUGACGUCCAUACCAAUCCUACUGUCAGGGCCGUUGAUUCUGUGUCGUCCUGGCUAAUUGUCGAAGCCUCAGAUCUGGUGGCACAGAUAGCUGGCGGUUCGUCCCGUUCUGUAGGAGCUGGAAAGAUGGUGACCUUAGAUGCCUCCUCUUCGUUUGAUCCAGACGACAUGAUUGUCAACUCUACCUUGUUUGACUAUCAAUGGUCCUGCACUUACUCUAACGGCUCCGCAUGUAACCUUACAACAGAGCAGAAGGGCCCUGUUCUGCAAGUGCCUGGCAUAGCCCUCCAGUCUGGAGGAGAGUACUUCUUUUCUGUGUCAGUGUCAGGAGGUGGUAGACAGAGUGGAGCACCAGCCUUCCAGUCAAUCAUCAUAUUAUAUGCUCCAAAUGCACCAGAAGUACAAAUCAGCUGUCUUCAGAAUUGUGACCUGAAAACCAACCCUUCGAACCGCCUGGCCCUCCAAGCCGAAUGCACCAACUGUGCCCCGGGUGAAGCUGUAUCCUACAGGUGGACAUUGCAGCCGGCAAGUACUGAUGAGAGUAAGCAGGACUUAGAUUGGGACUUUGACACAUCAACAGGCAGGACUUCUAAACACAUCGGUAUCAAGGCUGAUGUGUUUCAGGGUAGUGAGAGCUAUACUUUGCGGGCAGACAUCACCAAGAACAACACUGUGGGGUUUGCCAGUUACGCAUUUGUUACAAACGACAUCCCAACCCGAGGAAACUGCACUAUUGUUCCUCCAGAAGGGCAGGAGCUGACUACAAAGUUUGACAUUCGCUGCCAAGGGUUCUCUGACCCGGACACACCCUUGAUUUAUGAGUUUCUGUAUCAGACAAAGGAUGGUUGGACUUCAAUAUACUAUGGACAGGAGUCCACUGUGGAGUCUACCAGUCUCCCUGCUGGUGAUGAGGAUAGGGACAACAUCCUGAAGGUCAUGACUGCUGUGUAUGACAAGCUUGGUGCCAGCAUAGCUGUCACAUUAAACGUGACGGUGAGGCCUCUACCCAGUAAUGUCUCCCUGGAUGUAGUGACUGAUCUGAUCAGUGCAGAAGGUGGUGGAGGUGUAACAGAACUACUCCAGUCUGGAGACACACAGGCGGCCACCGCACUCAUUAGCAACGUGGGGACUUUCCUAAACAGCAGAAGUACUGACGUUAGCCCUGAGAGCAAGGAACAACUGGAACAGUACCGUACAGAGCUGACCUCCAAGCUGUCGGACAUAGCCUCCAGUGUUCAGACCGUGUCCUCUGUGCGACAGGUGGCAGCUGCCUUCACAGCUGUCACUCAGGUCAAGGAAGAAGUGUCUGCUGAUACACAGGUCCAAGCUGCUGCAGCUAUGAGACAGAUAACGUCGGUGCUGUUAGACCAGUCGGAGGAAGCAGUGGGAACAGAAGAAGUCGAGCAGACUGGCAGAGCAUUGGUUGGAGGUCUGGUGAACGUUCUGCAGGCCGCAUCUCUCACAGCUGACCAGGCCAAGUCAUCCAACACCACAUCUAAUUCUACGCUAUCAAAAACAAAGGAUGCUGCCACCAGUGUCAUCGGUAGCGUGCGCGUGGUCAACACGGUCUUGUUGAAGCAGAUGGUGCCAGGACAGGAGCCGCUGGUCAUCAACCUGAAUGACUUUGACUUGUCUCUGUCCAAGCAAAUCUGUGAGAGUGUUCCAGGACUGGUCUUUCAAACAUCAGAGGACAACUGGUUCAAGCUGCCUGACACUGUGGGAAAGGCAUCACUGAACUGUGAUGGUAACAGUUUGGAUACAGAGCUGUUUGCUACUGGUGCCAACCCUUACAACUAUGCUGAGACAUCCUCUUUGGUCCAGACUGACGUUGCAGCAUUCUCUUUACUUCAGUCUGGAAGUGAGCUAACUAGUUUGGAGUUCGAUGACCCAAUAGACAUAUCGUUGGAGAGACCUUCAGAUCUUCUGCUGGGAGAAAAUGCCUCUGCACCAAGUAUUGGGAGCAACUCACUCAGCGUUCACCGAUUUCAAAAGGUGAUUUCUGGGGCUCUACUAGUGAUAGUUGAGCCUUUACUGGAAGAUGUGCCAUUGGUGCUAUACUUGAAGAACAAUGGGAACGUCAGCAAAGAGGACUAUGACGUAUCCACCACUCUCCCCCUGAGUGACAGUGAGCUUUACACGAUUAACCUUGGUAACGGCAGAGUUGAGCAAUCAGACAGAUAUACGUGGCUGGUUUUCCAGGAAGAUUUCAACCAAACACUCGACAGCAACUGGGCAUUAGGAGUAGCUCAUAACACAACUCAGUUGCAGUCAGUGGCAGGUACAGCAGGACUUGAGGACUUCACAGUCAACUACACCUUAACAUUGUCAUCUGCACAGUGCCUGUAUUUUGACACUGGUGAUGACACUUGGAAGGACCUUGGCUGCAAGGUAAGCAGCCUAACAAAUGACAAGAGGACCCACUGCCAAUGCACACAUCUCACUGCAUUCGGAUCUGACUUCAGUUUCUUUGUCGCUCCCAAUACUAUUGAUGUAUUGGAAUCAAUACUUGCCUUUCGAGACAUUGCCAAUAACCCGGGGGUGGUCAUCACCUGUAGCGUUGUCUUGGGGAUCUACAUAGUUGCUAUGAUUUGGGCACGGAGAAAAGACCAACAGGACUUAAUGAAGGUUGGCGUCACUGUACUCAAGGACAUGGACCUUUCCCAACAGUACCGGUACCUCGUCACAACAUACACAGGCACAAAGCAGCAUGCCAGUACUACUGCCAAAGUUGCUGUGGUUGUGACUGGAGAAAAGGCACAGAGUAACCCCACCUUGCUGACCGAUGCUGACCGCCCCACGUUUGAACGAGCGGGGGUGGACACAUUCCUACUCACAACAGAAGAGUCACUCGGUCCUCUGCUAUAUAUCCAAAUAUGGCAUGACGACACUGGGAGAGAUCCCUCCUGGUUUCUUGAUCAGGUUGUCAUCAAUGACAUGCAAGAGGACAAGAAGUACAUAUUUGUUUGUAGAAGAUGGCUGGCUAGUGACAAAGAAGAUAGUCAGACCAUCAGGAUCCUCCCUGUUGCCACGGAUGAUGAGCUGAAAAAUUUCUUCUACGUCUUCUCAGUCAACAGUUCUCGGGACUUCAGGGACAAACACCUGUGGUUUGGAGUGUUAGGACGGCCAGCACACAGCCCCUUCACACGGUGUCAGCGGGUCUCCUGUUGUUUAUCCCUCCUGUUGUGUACCAUGUUUGUCAACAUCAUGUUUUACGGGAUAACAGAGGAGAAGAACGAUCAGAUAGAAGUGGCUGUGUUUAGUUUCCAGUGGUCUCAGAUCAUGAUUGGCUUUGAGUCUGCUUUAAUAGUUCUACCAGUGAACAUUUUGCUGGUGCAGCUAUUUCGUCAUCUCAAGCCUAAACCUGUAAAGACAGCCGGACUAAAUGAUGACGACAUAGAAGAAGAGAUAUCAGAAGUAAAGGCAACGGACGGACCAAGUUCCAUGGAGGGAACAGAGGCUGACAAAGAAGACAAGAAGAAACAACCAUUUCUUCUGCCAUGGUGGUUCCUGUAUAUAGGAUGGUUUCUUGUGUUUGCCACCUGUGCUACAUCAGCAUUUUUCACCAUGCUGUACGGCAACGCUUAUGGGAAGGCAAAGACAGAGGCCUGGCUCCUGACUUUCUUCACUUCGUUCAUCAUGGACCUCCUGUUCAUCCAGCCUGCUAAAGUACUGAUAUUGGCAGCCAUGGUUGCUCUUAUCAUGAAGGUCAAUGAAGAUGAUGAUGAUGAGGUCGCACCACCCAGACCUGGUAACAAACAGGUGAUCGCAUCACGUGAGUUCUUCACCAAGAGAAGUCAGAUGUACAUGGUCAUACUGGAGGUGGUCUUCUACUUCAUGUACCUGUGGGUCGUCCUCUCCAUCGGGUAUGGACAUCGCAAGGAGAUCGCCUUCUACCAAACAACGGACGUCAGGAACACGUUUCUACAUGCAGAAAUACCCAACAACAAGUCGUUUGUUUCACUGUCCUCCCAGACAAACUGGUGGAGGUGGGUGAAAGGUGUGCUGGUACCAGGUGUGGCAGGUGGACAGUGGUAUAACGGGGACAACACCACCCACCGGGGCUACACUAACAACCACGUCAACUAUCUGGUGGGCGUGGCCAGGUUACGGCAACAUCGUACCAGGAACGGUGAGAGUAUCUGGGGAAUGUGGGGCACCUACUCUGGCGGUGGUUACGUAGUUGAACUGUUGGGGACAAAAGCAGAAGACCUGGCACUAGUGGAGGAACUGGAGAAGAACAAUUGGGUUGAUGAGACUACAAGUGCUGUUUUGGCAGAGUUUACGAUCUACAACCCAAAUACCAAUUUGUUUACUAUGGUAAACUUGCUGGCAGAGUUUCCCCCAACAGGUGGUUGUUCUCCAACCCAGACCAAAGUUACGACUUUCCGCCUGCACAACUAUGUAAACAACAGUGAUUUCUACACCCUGGUGUGUGAGAUCCUCUACAUCAUCAUGUUCAUCAUACUGCUGGUCAGAGAAGGUGCUGAAGUAAAGCGGCUUCGGUGGCAGUACAUCUUACAGUUCUGGAGCUGGGUGGAGAUCAUCAUCACGUGUUUAUCUGUCUGCCUUCUGGCUUUCUACAUCAAACGUUGGGUGGUGGUAGACUACACCAGCCAGCAUCGACUCGAAAAUCCUCAGGGCUUUAUCAACUACAGUGAGCCUGCGAUGUGGGAUGCCGCCUACGGCUAUGUUCUGUCCAUCCUGUCUGCCCUGACGUUCGCUAAGCUCAUCCGACUGCUGCGUUUCAACAAACGGUUGUCACUUUUCGGGGACACCCUUCGCGAGUCGGCGUUUGCCCUUGUUGGUGUCGCCGCCAUGUGGAGUAUACUGUUCAUGGCGUUUAUCCACGCUGGUUUCCUCCUUCUUGGUGCCUCCACUGGUGACUUCCGCUCCGUCUACGCAGUCGGAAUGACCCUCUGGAAUGUUGGUUUGGGGAUGUUCGACUUCCAGUCCUUCCAGGGCAACAGCUUUUGGGGUCCAAUCCUAUUCACAGUGUACAUGGUCCUGAUGAACAUGGUCUUCCUCAACUUCCCCAUCGCCAUCAUCACCGAGAGCUUCCAGUCCGUCAAGUACGCCAACAAUCUACGCUCCAACGACCACGAGAUCGUCGACUUCUUCAUUGAACAGUUGGGAGAUUUUGUUGGGAAGAAGGAGCGUAUGAAGGUUAGAGUCCACCCUACUGUGAGUAUGGAAGAUGAUCUGGCUGGAGAAGAACACAAGAUGAUGGAGAAGCUGGAUGAUGAGGAGAAUGUGACCCUGUACCUGAUGCAGGAGCUGAAGCUGAUGAGACAGGAACUGGACACGGACUAUCGUUGAAC